UUACGCUGUCUCGUCACUCGACUUCCGUACUACUGCAGGCAACAGCGCCGCCUUCAGCGCGUCUCUCAUCGCCGAACUUGCCAACGACAUGUACAGUCGCGUCAGCAACUGGAAGAGCAGCCUACCUUAGAGCGGGCAGCUGCUGCUCGACGCUACUAUAUUCAGCAAGAUCUGAGGUGUUAUUUAGUUUGAAAGUUUCCGUUGACAUACGAUUGAUUUUUAAAUAUUCCUUAAUUCGCUUGCGAAAAUAUUUAUAUAACUUCCCAACACUCUUAAUCUAUAAAAGUGUAGUGCAUGUAGAGCUUUGGGACGGAAACUCAGCAAUGCAGACGGCAUCUUUCAGCAUGCGGAUAUGCAUCUAUAGCUUCCUCUUGCUCGUUAAGAAGCAUCAACAUGCUUGA